UGUCACAGCAAGUUUCAAUGUUGUUGCCAAAUAAUCCAAAUAAAAAUAAAGAAAAAAGAAAUAGACAAUGAGCUUUUCAGAAAAACACGACAUAACAACAAAGGAAGAUUGGGUUAAAUUACUCGAGGAUAACGACCUCGGCCGAACAAACAUGAAUAAAUUGAUCAUGAAUUAUCUAGUUACAGAGGGUUUCAAAGAGGCUGCAGAGAAAUUUCAACAAGAAUCUGGAGUUAUUCCUUCAGUAGACUUACAUUCUCUGGAUGAUAGAAUUAGUAUUAGAGAUGCUAUUAUGACUGGACGAAUCCAGGAAGCUACAGCCCUAAUUAACCAAUUACAUCCAGAAUUAUUGGAUAAUGACAGACAUUUGUAUUUUCAUCUACAGCAACUUCAUCUCAUUGAACUAAUUAGAAAUAACAGGAUAGAAGAAGCUCUUGCCUUUGCACAGAGUCAUCUAAGUGAAGCUGGUGAGGAAGACCCUUCUGUAUUGGCUGAAUUAGAAAGAACUGUAGCCCUAUUGGCUUUUGAAGAACCAUUGACUUGUCCUUUUGGGGAUUUACUUGCACCUUCUCACAGACAAAAGGUUGCCAGUGAAGUAAAUGCUGCUAUUCUCAAAAUGGAACACCAAGAAGCAACUGCACCAAAAAUUUCUACCCUACUCAAACUCAUCCUCUGGGCACAAGACAAGUUGAACAAGAAGAACAUCAAAUAUCCAAAAUUGACUGACUUAGCAGCUGCAACAAUUGAGGAACCUAAAUAAUGUGUUAUUAAUAUUAGAAUAGAUGUGGGUUAUCUAUUUGUUUAACUUAUUUAAAAACUCUAGUUCAAAAUUUCAACUAAACCAUGUCUCUCUUGGAAAAAAGUUGAUACAGACUGUGAAUGUUUUAUACUUUUAAUUAGUACACCACUGGUAUUGUAAGUUGAAACAUUUAAUUUUAAUAUAGAAUGUUUUUCUUAAC